CACCAUAUUGGAUAUAGAGUGCGACAACGAAAACUGCGGCGAGAAUAGUUAAAGAGUAACUUAUUUUUGUUUCCACUAGGUAGCCAUUUGAGAGAAGCAGUUUAGACAUGGAGACAGUGAGAGAAGAGAAAGAACAGAGAGGCGAUUCUUCUCCUGCAGUUACACCAGUGGAUGAGGGUAAUAGCAUGAUGGAGCUAAAGACAAACCCAGAGAAAAAAACAUCUCCAGAGCAACUUGAAGAGAAGAAGUUGAGGGCAAAGUAUCCACAGGGGAUUAAGGCUGGAGGAAGUAAUUUACUACAGAAGCGACUACAGAAAGGAGGGCCGAAGUACUUCGACUCGGGCGACUACAACAUGGCGAAGGCCGGCAAGACGACGACCGGCCGCACGACGCUGCUCAGCACACAGAAGCUGAUCCUCGGACCUCAGUCGACGGGCGACGAGCAUCCGACACCAGACAGCGUGCCGUCAAGAAAGUCCUCGGUGCACACAAAGAGCCACCUGGUGUCGUGAGGCGGCGGAGUGACCGUGGGCGAGCGCGUUUGAUGAGCGAAUCGCCGAGCUAAGAGUUGGAGGUCGUCGGGGGUCGCGGCGCACGUCGUUAAGGCGAAUUAUAAUUGACCGUCGGUCACGCUGUGGGUUAACGUGAGUUAUGUUUUGUGUUGCGCUUUGGUGACUCGGGGUGACUUGAAGCUGGUGAUUAAUUCAUGAAAAGCUCGCUCUUCCCCCCAUCUGGUGUAGGUGUGUGUGCACGACAUGAAACGGGUGUUCACUCUGCAGAUUCUAUUGGGACUGUACAAAUUUAGGGAGGUAGCAUUUAGAGAUGGUUAAAGAAAUUGACCCAAAUCAGACACCGUGUCAUCCAUCUCAUCCCAUUCGGCGCUCUGAUCACGUGCUUUAUCACAAUAUUAUAACACACGUGCCGUGUCCUGUUUUAUUAUCUAUUGUCGUGUGUAAGUUUCUGUUGUGAUUAAUGUUGCAGCCAAAGGGCGUGUUUCCGAAGUUACGUUGUUUUCGUUUUGAAGGUUUACUGCGUUUUAAUUGCGGGUUGAAAGAAAUACAUAUCAAAUUAAGAUGGAUGGAUGGAUUCGUGCCUCGCUUUACGUUAGCACUUCUCUUCAUUAAAUAACAGCUGUUCCUCGUAACCAUUGGUUCUUGGUUGUUCUAUGUGACUAGACAGUGCAACGCAAGGCGGCUGUCAUGCAGGUUGGUGCUUUUCUCCUAGCCCUAAUGUUUUAGCUGCCGACCAGUUCAACCUAUACUUGGAUGUGAGAGUUUACGACGGAAUGAGAAAGAUAUUUGUAUUGUAGAUGUUUGAUAUUUGUAGUGACGGGUCUGUUUAUGAGACGAUGGCAUGCUGCACCUACAUCUGGUAUUGGUGCACUGUGAAGCACGCUGCCAUAUUUGUAAUGGUAUCGCGCAACAAGCAUGGGCAGAACGAGCCUGUGCAGUAACAUUGAAGCGAUUCAUGUUUGCUUAGCUUCACUGGAAUUCAUGUGCUUACUGCCUCUCUUCUUUAAGCGACUCCCCGCGUCACAUAACAAUGUUCAGAGUGCAUCAAGGAUUCGAAGUUAGGUUAGAGAAAAUAUGCUAGGAAAUAAAAAUGUGCAACAUCAACCAAGGCAAAUUUAAUGGUAAGGGGUCAUCCAUUUUUCCUGGUUGGUUAAAAGGGGUGGAGAUAUGCACUAUGCUAGAAAAAUUAUCGACAUUGUGUGCAGGUGUGGAAACUAAUCUAUUCCUGUCUACAACCCACUAGUAAAUCCUACAGGGUCUGCCAUGUGAUUGUGUAUAACUAUAUAUACAUUUUCACUCAUCAUCUAAGUUGGUUGACGAUUUGUCUAGAUCUUUCCAUGUCAAUUACUGAACAUUAUAAUAUAUAGGUGCAACAAUAGAGUGCUUGUAAUCGUGACUAGUACAGCGUUUUCAAUGUCCAGGUGAUAUCACUAGUGUGUUUACCAGUAUAAUGACGAUGUCACUAGUCUGUGAUGACGGUGUGGGUUUGUGCACCUGUCACCUAGGUACAGCUCGAAUCGAUGGGCACGUCAUGGUGACAUCUCACGCAUGUCACUCACGCAUGUCACGAGUGUCAACUCGUGACUGUGAUAGGAAGUCUUUUUGUACAUAAAACUCGUUUGCCAAUAUAUGUGAUUAUAUUGUACAUAAAUGUUUGACUAAUUUAGAGUCUACAAUGAGGUCUGCUCGAAAUUAUUUAGCAGAAUCGGAUGAAGGCUUAGCUACAGCCGCCCCUCUGUCAAGCAAAAACCUUCAACAAGUGCUGAAAGCUAGAAAUCUCAUCUCACAAGUGCGGCACUGCCACCGGAGUUGGAAAAACCCGCUCGACGAGCCAACAUCGUAUUACUCCUGAAACAUUUAUGAAGUCUUUCCCCGGUGGAAUGUUUGAUAUAUAGUCGGAGUUUUUAUACAUUCGCAUUCUAUUAACGUAAUAGUGUUAGCCCCUGCUCACUAUUAGCUGGACGUGGGUGGAUGUAGGAGAAUGUUGCAUGCUGCUACGGUGACAGUGUAUAGACAUUACUUUAGCUGGUGUUCCAUGAGCAUCUACUUUUUGCAGUGAAUUGUGCUGUCUACGAUUUGCUAUUACUCGUGGCGUGCUGGUUGAGGGUGCAAUCGUACAGUAGUAAAUGCUACACUAUAGUUGAGCCUUAGUAUAAUGCAAACUGAAUGUCAAACGCAACUACCAGCGCAUGCUGGCUAUAUUUAAUUGCUGUCCAGGUAUAUGGUGCCUGCAUCAGAAGUAUCACUUCCACCUUCUGUCAUCGAGUGACAGCAGGAUGUGACUGCGCUAUCUAUAGGGAAAAAUAUAAUUACUGACUCAUUGCAAAUGACCUGGGCAAGCUCUCGGUGGAAACUUCUCGUCGUAUUUUCGCUCUGUAUGUGUUCCUUAAUUUUUCACGCCGUGUCAGGCACGUGCGGGGAGGAAAGUGGUAACCUUAACCGACAUCAGGGGUAGAUAAUGACAAAUUGAUUGAUUGAUUGAUUGAUUUGUUAUUAUCUACCCGUGCCAACAUGUAGGCUGCCGAGAACAAUUUACUCGGUGGCGACUAACUCCCGACGUUGCCAUCCACCGAUCAGUUGUAUGUGAUGAGGUUGAUCAGGAGUGAGUGCAAGCCGAGGUGGAGUUUGUUAAGUUGUAGCCUCGUCUCGCUGGCGCCACACCACUCCCGCCGAACACGGGCCUGGGUUCUUCGUGUGCCGGAGCCAUGCCAUUAGAAUUACUGUUCAGGCGGACCCUGGCCAACUUCAAUCACCAAAAUGGAAUUUCUUUGGCCAGUAGUGCGCAAAAAGACGCACGUAUAAAGAAACCGCCGAGACUAGACGGUGUUACAGCGCGGCAGUUGCAAAUUUUUAGUCUCGAUCGUUCUUCUAAUAAGAUAUAAGAUUACAAGCCUACUUGAUCCCUGCCCAAGUUCACAUACUAAUGAAUUUGAUUACCGACGUGUGUCUGAGCAGCUACGGAAAAAAAGAAGAUUAAAUGUUUACCCUUUCAUGAAUAUCGAGGUAAAACUCAUCGGCUUUGUGACAUAGGUGACUUUCUAACACACCAGGUUGUAGGAUUGUAAAGUGGCUUAAUGUAUUAGGUCACACCACUAUUAGGUGACAUUGUAAUGUACCAGUUCAUACCAGUGUUAUGUGACCUUAUAAUGUACCAGGCAUUGCCAGCAUGAGGUGAUGGAGAAAGCCGAACAUUUAUUUUGUGACGCUGUGUUCUGGUAUCCAUGUAUGUUAUGAGUAAAUCGUGCUAUAUAUGAAUGAACUUGCUAUCCGUUAUGUAGUAAAAUUUUGAUGAAUAAAGCAUAAGCGUUGUAUUCACUAUCAAA